AUGGAUACUAGUGAGGAGCGUCGAGCCGCACAUAAUGCUAGCAGUCGUCGCAGCUACAUGAAGUAUAAUGCUCUUACACCGCGACUGAUCAACCAAAAACGACGGGACGCUUAUAGACAGAAGAAGGAUAAAAGAAAUGGGAAGAGUCUCAAGCCGUUGGACGAUCAGCAAGGAGCACACCCGGUCAUUGAGACUGAUUUGAAUAGCGCUUACCCGCACGCCCAGCGCUGUGCACCACUGACUGAAGCGAUGGACCACAUUAUUCGCAUCUCCUCAAGCUUCACGAUACUUACGCUGGGCUCGUCGGAACGCUACGCUGACACCCUCUAUCAGGAGUAUCAGCGAAGUAUCACUUUAGAUCGCCCCGAAGGCUAUCUCAGUCUCCUGGUAAAUGCGGUUCUGCAGGUAUCUUUUUUCGAGCAGUCCCUGCUGGAGCAAGAACGCAUUAUUUUGAAUUCCGUCGGUACCGGGAACGAGAUGGGGAGGCUUCGUGUGGUAUUGGAUCCAGUUCGAAUGUUGGCGGGCUGGUUGGAAGAAAUACUUUUCACCGCGAUGAUCAGUCCUGCCAAUUUGAGGGGGAAAUAUCUUCGUAGAGAGCUUGCUUUUCUGAAAUAUGAAUGA